AUGAGGGGCAAGUUGCCACUUUCCUCCCUCCUCCUGCACAGGUUCCUGAAGAGGCCAAAUCUUCGCCUCACUGGCGAGGAGUUCCCGCCCCACGUGGUGUUGCAGCGCAGGGCGGCUCCUGGUGGCGGCACCAGGCUUGUCUUCACUGGAGCCAUGAUGAGCGUCCUUGGAGUCCUCGCUCAGUCCCUCAACUUUAGGUGCCUGGAGCUGCGACGCCUGCCUUCCUCAGGGACGCAUCAGUCUCACUGGAAACUUGUAUGCUAUUUUCAGAGUGACCAGUGGGAGAGCUUCCCGGAUGAGUGUAAACGGCAGAAUGUUGCCACAGAUUAUAGCCUGGUACGCUCUCCCGACCGUUCUUUUGGCUCUACGCUGCCGAAUGGCUCAAGCACCGGCAUGGUGGGCAUGGUGAGCCGCCAGGAGGUAGACUUCGGCCUAGGUCCUUUCGGCGUCACCGCAGCGCGUUCCUUGAUCAUUGACUACACAGUGCCGGUGGUGAACGACUACCUUAGGAUUCUGGCUGGCCGCGGCCGCCCUGAGGUGGACCCCUGGGGCUUCCUGCUACCCCUGGCGCCCCUGGUGUGGGUGGGCCUGGUGGUGGCACUGGUGGUGGUGAUGUCCAUUGUUUUGCUCCUCGCCAGCUGCCUCUCUCUUCAUUCCCCGGCCCUCGCGCCCUACGUCAGGGUCAUGCUGCAGGAGAACUCGUGGCUGCCGGCGCUGUGGGGCUGGGAGCGGUUGGUGCUGGGCGGGUGGAUGCUGGCCAUGCUCGUGGUGACGCAGAGCUACACGGGGAACCUCAUGUCCCUGCUGGCGGUGCGCUACAUCCCGCAGCCCUUCCAGACUCUGCGUGCGCUGUUGGACGACUCCGCCACCACUAUGAUCUGGGAACAUGGCACUGCUUCUGUCUAUAAGUUCCGCACAGCAGAGUUCGGCAUCCUGCGAGAGGUAGGGCAGUCCGAAGCGGAGGGCAGGAUCAUGUUCGUGCUGGCGACGGAGUACCUAGACAUCCUGCGGGGGCUGGUGCGGCCUGGAACUCAUGCCUUCAUCGGCGAGGACCUCACCGCCAGGGUUCUCAUGGCGCAAGAGUUUUCGAGGACAGGCAGUUGUGACUUCUACACUUCGAGGGAGGUCUUCAUGCCCUUCUUGUUCAGCAUGAUCGGCCCGAAGCACAGCCCCCUCGUGCACAGCGUCAGCAAACGCAUCACGUGGAUCACCGAGGCUGGACUGUACAACCACUGGAUGGACAGCCUCAGCUCAAAUUGGACGGUGUGUGAGCGAGCGCCAUCCAAGAUCACCGUCAGAACACGUUUGGGUCUCGGCAACUUGUGGGGCAUGUUUGUAAUCCUGGUGGUGGGCAACGCGGUGAGUCUGCUACUGUUCCUGGUGGAGGUGCUGGCAGGCCACCACCUCCACUCACUCCUGACAGCCACCUUCUCCUGGGCGUGACCUCGCUCAGCGCUUCGACACAAUGCUUGUUUUUCUCCGGUUCAACAUUCUUUACAAGGGACGAGGAAUGUGCAAUAUGUGAUACAGGAAUACGCGUCAAGUUUCUAGAGCUUGGCGAAUAACCAUAUAAUUCGAAUUCAUGUUGAUAUCAAACCUCUCAGGCAUUUCUCGAAAGACUGGAAAUAUGUCUGUACUUUUACUCCUCGUAAAUACAUGUGUUUACAAUGGCGUCUUUCCAAUCAUUAUGGUCAGUACCUAAAAGUGUCUUGCCAGUGUGACUUUCCAUGCACUGAAUGACUGACUGAAUGAAAAUUCAUCGUUUAGCUCUAUAAUUGUUAACGUGUAGAUUGUCAUGUAAAAUAAAUGGAUGGAAUAGA